AUGUCAUUCGCUCGACUUCAAAACAAGUGGUUACUUGUUAUUGCAGCAAAUGCUAUUGUAUUUGGUGGCAUAGCUUGUUAUUGGCUUGGUACUUCAGCUCCAUUUGGUACUCCAAGAGUUCCAUCUUCCUUCAUUCCCAAGUUUGAUACUUCAAAAAACUGUCCAACAUUAGAAUCAACUUCAUCAGUUAGUAGUAGUACUACUACACAUCCGUUGGGAGGCCCCGAAGUUCCUGACCAUUAUUGUGACCCAUAUAAUGAGGCCGGAUACUUCAAUGCUACAGAUAUGGUCUAUCCUGACAUCACAUACAUUUCAUUAAAUCCAUCAUGCCAGCCUCUUGCCCGCAAUAUUUCAGCAAGAAUCACUGCCAGAGAAUACAUCCCAGACCUUGUCAACAAGACUAUGGUCUUUUUUGGAGACUCUGUGGAUCGCUAUAGUGUUAACCAUAUUUGCUCUUCUACUAACUCCUUUCAAAAGGAAACAUACCAAGAAGAUCACAACCACUUGUGGACCAACAAAAGCAGACCUGCCCCCAACUGUUUCCCAAGAGUUUGCCAAAUGGAAUACCUUAAUACAACUAUUGUCAACUACUUUAUGUAUGGCUUUGAUGCGUCAAAUGUUUGGGAAAGACAAAACGACAAGUUUUGGGAGCCGGUCAACUGGCGUGACCGUGUGAAUUUGGCGUUUGAAGGUUUGAAAACUUUGGAGCGUGAUGAGCCUCAAGUUACUUUUAUUAAUGCUGCAUUGUGGGAACUGGCCCGCUUUGACAGAGUUGCUAAACUUGCAGGUGUUCCUGAUUCCUUGAGUUUCAGCGAGGCAGAGUUGAUUGAAUAUAGGGAUUCAUUGACAGAGAUGGUUGGUAUGAUUAGAAAAAGACUACCUAGAACUCGUCUGGUUUAUCGUGAGUCACAUUUCCCCAAAAAACCAUCUGCUGGAUAUAACUUGAUUGAUGUUCCACGACCUCUUCGGUACUCUGGCCAAAAAGUAAGACAACUCAAUCAAGUUGCCUACCAUGUAAUUAAAGAUGCUGGUGGAGAUUACUGGCCUAUUGGUGAACUGACCCACAGUUUUGUACCAAAACAAGUUUUAUUAGAUGAUGUCCACCCAAAUAGAGAAGCAUUACGUGCUAUGUGGGUUCCUGGGUUUUUGGAAUAUUUGAUGCGCACAUCACUUGAUUAUAAAAUUGUUCCUGGAUUUAACUAA